AUGGGCCGCACCCACACCUCGCGCCCCGAUGCUCCCUCAGCCAGCACCAACCCACAGGUCCUGGACCACGCUACGCCACUGCAGGCCGAGGUUGGCCGCGAGUUCCUGGAGAAACUCACCUCCCAGGGCAAGAAAAAGAAGGCGCCGACAUCUGAAGCCGGCCCCAGCGAGGCUCCUCCCGCCAAGCGCCCCCGGCAAGAAGUUGUCGGCGGGAAGACGGUCUCCAAGAAGCAGUACAAGAAGCGGCAGAUGCCGCCCUACGCUCAAGAUCUCCAAGAGCGCCAGCGGCAUGAGGCCGGAGAGCUACGAGGGAACCGCAAGGACCUCACCUCCUCCUCACUCAAGCCCGGCACUUCAAGUGCGGGGAGCGCGGCCCCUACACCUCCAGAUCACCGCGCGGAGGAGGACCAUGUCUCCCCUCCAGAAACACAAGACACUGGCGCCAGCAACAUCGGCGCCGAUUCUGAAGCUGCUGGGGGGGGGGAACCUCAGGUUCCUCCCGUCCCGAAAAGAAAGAAGAAGAAGACUGCGGAUUCUUCCCCCUCCAAAACCGUGCCGGACUCCUCCGCGCCGGCAGGCUCAACUUCGGGCCAGGACGCACCCGACGCCCGCUCGCCGCCCGAGACUACGCCCGCGCCUCCACCAGAAGCUCCCACCUGCGAGCCAACUGGGGCCAAGCCAACGCCGCCAAGCAAAGGACCCACCGCGGCCGAGCUCAUGCCGCCUCCAAGCCAAGGACCCGCUGCGGCCAAGCCGCCGCCGCCGCCAGAAGGCACCAAGCCCCUCAAGCCGGAACCUUCCAAGGCGAAGGCCACGGCUUCCGGCACUCCUACCUCCGGCCCACAUCCCUUGGUGCUGCACGUCGGCCGCGCCGCUGUCGUGGCCGGAGAAACGGCUUCCGGUCAGCUGGGCCAAAUCACGGAGCUGACGCGCGGAGGCAACGAGCUGGGGCAUUUGCUCGAAUACGCUGAGAAGUGGAAUCGAGCGGAUGUGUCCACGGCUACGCGCGGCCUGGGGAAAGACCGGCUUCCGACGAUUGACCCCGCUGGCCCCUGA